CUUAGCCUUUAGGAGUCCAACGUUAAACUCCGUUUCUGAAAACCACUUUGUUUGUUCAUUUAGUACUGUAGGCCUUUCAAAUGACCUUUACGAGCGCUUAGUAUGGCUAUGUGAAAUGCCGUCGCUAAUUGUCCAUUGUUGCACGUGGAACGUCGGUGAUGAAAAACCAGGAAGCGAAGACCUCUCUACCCUUCUUGGAGUUAACGCAAAACCAUCACCCGAUGUAAUAAGCGUUGCACUUCAAGAAGUCUGUGGAGAUGACGCAUGGAGACAAAAGCUACUGGAACACUUGUAUCCUCAUGGUUAUGUGCUGAUCAAGUCACGUAAUUGUUGGGCCAUUUGGAUUUUUUCGUUUCUGAAGAGAAACCUUUUGCCUGCAGUCACAAAUAUUGAGUCCGAGGUAACAGCCUCAGGAUAUGCUGGUGUCAUGGGAAAUAAGGGUGGGGUUAGUGCGAGAUUUGAACUUUGUGGGAUAAACAUGAUCUUUCUUUCGUGUCAUUUUACUGCCCACAGAGAAAACAAGCAAGAUCGGUUAAAUGAUUAUAUCGAUAUUAUAGAUCAUCAGAGUUUUAGGGAUGAAGAUGUCAAUGUCAUCAUUGAUCAUGAUUAUGUUUUCUGGAUGGGUGAUUUAAAUUUUCGUAUCGAUCACCUCAAAAAAUCUGAAGUGGAGUUAAUGGUCAAACAAAAACGUUUUAACGAACUUCUACAGCAUGAUCAACUUCUUAAUAUGAAAAACGAAAAAUUGUUAUUUCAUGAUUUUAAUGAAGGCACUAUAUCCUUCCCCCCAACCUUCAAAUUUGACAAAGGAACGGAUACAUACGACAGUAGUAAAAAGCAGCGCGUUCCUGCGUGGACAGACCGUAUAUUGUAUAUGGUUCACCGAGAUUUCGCUCUUGAUCACCACCUUAACCUCCCUGAAAGUGACCGACAGAGACCAGCUAGCCCAUCCCGUCGAUUACCUGUACGUGGAUCACCAUCCGAAGUGGAAGAAAAGUUCCCAGCAAACAAAUCUAUCAAAGGGAGACAACACCCUGAAGCCGUUUUACUCAAGUAUACUAGUUUGAAUGAAUACAAAACUUCGGAUCAUCGGCCAGUUAUCGCAGUAUUCAAAUUAUCUGUGCCUCCAAGAUGGUUUAGCUUACCUGUCAAAUUUAUUGAGCCAGAUGGCAAAGCAUAUUCAUUCAAUGCCAAUUUGGAAAUAUCGUACCAAGUUCUCGAUCCACCCGGCCUAUUAAGGCUUUCAGAAACAAAUUCAUUACUUUCAUCCAAACAAUAUGUUCCAGUAUCUGAUUUUGCCAAACUACUCUUAUUAAAUACACUAGGACACUCUUCAAAAUCGGGAAAAUCAGAAAGCACAAAUGAUGAUGAUUUAGGCCCACUGGCUCCACCAACUUUACAAACUACAUCAUUUGACUGGAUAGCCCUUUACCCAGCAGAAUUUGCAGAUCUGGAAAAAGAUUAUAUAACCUACGUUUAUGCAUCAAGUAAUGUAUCUCAAGCGAAGCAUCGAAAAAAUUCUGUUUCUUCCGCCCUAUUGCAGCCUUCAAAUACAGCGAAAUUUCAAGAGUUAUAUAGGGCUAGAAUUGAAUCAAGUCGAUUAAAGGAUUUACCUGGUCAAUCAUUUUGUCUUGUUUAUAUGAGUCGCAAUAAGCACUGUCCUCAGGGUUAUAGUUUACCUUUCAAAAUUCGUACUGUAAGUUUGAAAACUUAGAAUUCAUUAUAUAUGCAUAACAAUCUGAUGAGUCGGCUAACACGCUAAUGAUUACAUACAUACUCGUUGUAGAUACUUAUUACACAUCUAAAAUAACCGAUUUGUUACAUUUUCUCACCUUUCACAACAUAAUAUCGAGAACAGUAUAUAUUCAUUGUUUACUCUUAAUUAGUUUCUGUCUUUUCUAUAUACCCCUUCUUUGCUGUUAUAAGAUGCCGUAGCUUUGGUAGUUACGCACAUUUACCAAGUCGUAUACCGUUUUGUGUAUAUUAGCGUUCUCUUCUAUACUUUAUAAUAUACUACUUUAAUUAACAAAUAUAUGACACUUUAUACAGUUAUUGUUUUCUGUACAUAAUGUUUGACAGUUAACACGUAAUUAUUUGCAAGUAAAUACUGAUCAUUCUUUUAUUUGUGAAAACUGUUUAACACCAAUCCUACUUAAAGUAUAUCACUGGUUCCAUUAAUCCUUAACCAUUAGCCUAACUGCAUAAUUUACUGUAUAUUGUGGGUUUCUGCUUCUCGUUCUUCCUGUUUUCCGAAACCCUUUGAGUAUUAAAAAACGACACAUCAUGUGAUUGUCAAAACUAAUAUAUUAAAUAAUUUUAAAAAAAAUUAUAUUUAAUUCUUUAUAGGUUAAAAAGUUAACGAAAUUAAAGAAAUUACUACCGAAAUUUCUUUUAUCUAAAAGAAAACCAUCGUAAUAAGUAAUUAUAGUUGGUAAUAUAAUCUUGUUUAUUGUGUAGAAUUUGUGUUAUAAAAAUUAUAUAUAAAGAUAUCACUUUUGUUUUUAGCUAUACCAAGUUUUUGUUUUUCAUUUGAAAAUGAUUUUGUGUUGGUGAUGGGGUUUCAGGGUUGAUGAUCUUAUUUAAUAAAAUGAUGAUAACAUGUCGAAUCUAUCAACUAUAUAGUUGAUUCUCUUGAAGCAACCUCAAUUUUUUGUUAUGGGUGAUUGAUGCACUUAAAAUAAUUGUGAUAAAGCAUUUUUAACUAUGUAGCCUAUUUUUAUCUACACAAUUAUUUCAAAUUAUAUUAAACGUCAUUAAUCCAUGUUAACUCAUACUGAAAGUAACCACUUUAAUAAGACUAUGUAUGUAAUGAAUAAAAGUAAAGAGAUCUUUAAAACUGAAGCUCAAUCACCAUAGAUUUCACUGAUGGAUUGCUAUGUUUAACGAUUUAUUUACAGAAUUAAUUAUAUACUCAACUUAUAGAAAAGGAUGUUUGAUCAAUGGACAAUAAAACUUUGAAAGAUUCAUAAUGUCUCCUGUUUAUUAGUUACCUCAGAUAUACAAACAUGUCAACCUCAUUUAUCUUACUCUAUGUUGUGCUGUUUUAACUGUGUUUUCCUUGUAUGUAUUACGCUGAUUAUUAACAUUAUUUCUCGUUUAGUAUCGUGAUUAUGUUGUUUCUUCUGUUUUAUUCACUUUUUCGUGAUCGUGUACUUUCAUUCUUUUUCUAUUGCUUUUGGUUUUUUUAUUUCAUGCGAAACUCGACUUUAAAGCAAUAUAUAAGUGUAUUAUUUGUUUUGUGAUUAAGCACUUGAAAUUUUUGUUUUUGGCUUUUUGAUUAUAGAAUAUAUCUCACAGUGU